CAUUGCAGUUCCCUGAUGACCUACUGGUGGAUUCAGCUGCAGUAGCUGCAAAACUUGAGAAGAGCACUGGGGCAAAAAUGUAUAUACUGGGAGAUACAUCAUAUGGCAGGUAAAAAUGUCAACUGUUGUGGUACAUCUAAUUGAAAAUUCACAGGAAAAAAAAACAUGUUUGCUGCUUGUGAUGUCUCCUAGUUACUUUCAGGGUAACGAUUAACAAUUAACAUUUCUUAAUUGGGAAAUGAAGUGCCAUUCUAACUUAUUUACUUGCACUAUGUCUUGACAACUGCCAAAGAAUUCUCACAACACUUUAAUGAGCUUGGCCUUUCCCUAGAGGGUCCCAUUUAUGCCUCAUAGGCAACAUGUUCAAAGCCAUCAGUUUUUGGCUUUGAACAUAUUGAACAUAUUUUGUGUAAGAUGCAUUAACUCAUUCAACCUUAUUCCAAAGCAUGGUGCCUGACACAUUUCAAGCUCAGUAGUAAUCUAUGCUUCUGAUAACAAUUAUUUUUCUUUUAAAUGAUGUGCAAAUGUGACAUUUCAGCUUUAGCAACAUUUUUAAAUCAUGGUGCUCAUUGAUAUUUUCAUCUAGCCAAAUAGGACCCAGUCCAAGGAAUAUGCUUACAACCACUUCCUAGUUCAAGGGUAUGCUGUACUCUAUCCACUGUACAAUUCACUGUAGUUAUGCAGUGAUUGCAACUGGUACUGUUGCCCCAGUAGCAGGGGUGGCUGAACUUUUCUUAUUCUUGUAUGUCGCAACUGCUGUGUGGACGAGGUUGCAGCAGAGCAUGUUGGAGCAGAGGGGAUUAUCCAUUAUGGGAGAGCAUGUCUCAGCCCCUCUAGAUGGCUGCCAGUGAUGUAUGUGUUCGGUAAGAGGGCAGUUGACAUUGAGAGAUGUGCGGAGUCCUUCAGAGAACACUACCCUGACAUAGAGCCAUGUGAUUAUACUUUAUGACGUGAUCUAUUCCUUCAUCAUGGGUAGUCUACAGCAUAUCAUUGAAUCUGAGUAUGCCAAUGUUGUCGUGUCCCAGAUCAGCGCAGAUGGGACCCGGUGUUAUAGUCCCAGGCAGACAGAUAAACCCCAUGAAGAGGCCCAGGCUGAAACUAAUGCGAACCAGACAGACGUUCAGCUUGUUAGGAAAUUCGGCCGUCAGUUUGCCUUGAGGGAAGGCUGCAGCUUGGAAGACUACAGAGUAUUUUACAUAGGCCAGGAGGGGGUAACCUUAACAAACUUCAUGAUGACCUUUAACCAGUGCUCCUUCUGCACCUUUGACCCCGAGACGAGGGCUGGGAGGCAGGAGUCAGUGAACGUCAACAAGGUCCUAAUGAAGCGCUAUUACUUAAUUGAGAGGGCUAAAGACUCCAAAGUAGUGGGCAUUUUAGUGGGCACUCUUGGUGUUGCAGAUUACCUGUCCAUCAUUGACCAUCUAAAGGACCUGAUUAGAAAAGCAGGGAAGAAGAGCUACAUGUUUGCCAUGGGGAAGCUUAAUGUGCCCAAGCUGGCAAAUUUUGUUGAGAUUGAUAUUUACGUGCUGGUGGUCUGUCCAGAGAAUUCCUUCCUGGACUGCAGCGAGUUUUACAGGCCGGUGGUGACACCCUUUGAAAUGGAGAUAGCCUGUAACAAGCACAGGGAAUGGACUGGAGAAUAUGUCACCAGCUUCAGAGACUUGCUACCGGGGGCAUGCAGCCACAUUGAGUUCCCUAAUCCAGAUCCAGAUGCUGGUGGUGACGACACUAAUGUCUCACUGAUCACUGGGGCUCUGCGAUCCUCUUACUGGAACAACUCAGAAUCCCAGGACAAUCUACCCGGUUCUUCUCUGGUUCAGAGAAACCCAACACUGACGGUGGCUCAGACAAACCCAGCAGCUUUCUCCUUGGCGUGUCGUAGCUGGCAGGGAUUGGAACAGAAGCUGGGAGAGACACCUGUGACCAAAGCAGUGGAAGGGAAGUGAGGAAUUGCAGUUGCCUACGAGGAAGAAGGGAAUAGCUAAAGCAGCAGGCUGCUCAGGAUGUUGCUUCUUAAAACAUAUGUAUCUAUCACAAGAGACAGGGUAAAGAUAGACUCAUGACAUCCAAACUUGCAAAGUGGCUUGCCCUCAACAAUGUUGACAGUUCUGUGUCCAGAACCGAGCAACAACAUGGUAUCAAUCUACAAAUAUUCUUCCACCUACCACACCAUGUAAAUAUUAAUAGUGGUAUAAAUUCCAGUGGUUUUUAAAGGAAAUAGUUUGCAGUAUCAGGAAUUUAUGAUUCCGGGUGAAGGUGGACACUUUAAGGGAUUUAAAAUAAGGAAAGCCACAGUGGACUGGUGGCACUGAAAAAAGUUUAUAUAGGGAUGGAAAUAAACUCCUAUUGUGUAGCAGUUUCACCCUUUCCAGGUGUUACUAAAACUUGAUUAGCCACCGUGUAUAGGUAACAGACUCUGGCGUUUCUUAUUAAAGUCAUAGUAAAACUACUACGAAAUGGGAGUCGUAUUUCCAUCCCUGGUCCCUGGAUCUUCUUACACUGAAGAUUGUUUAAUGUUAAAUUAAAUUUUUCCUGUCAUUAAAUUAAUUAAAUACAAAGAGACCUCUUUCUAUCACAAAUAUUCGUUUUACCUAAUGGUUUACAAACCAUUCUGUGAGAUCUGCCAGUUCCGUAAAUGAUGCCCUUGGGAAUGCUUUCUUUCUAUGCCAGCAGUGGGUUGAACAUAUGAGCAAGCUCGUCGGUGAGGUAUUUCACAAUAUUUAGCAAGGACAGAAGCCAUUGUAAUAAUGGUGCCCAUUUUAUUUCCAUAGCAACACUUUUUUACACAG